AUGAGCUGGGCAGGCUUCAAAAAGUCCGUCAACAGAGCCGGAACCACUCUUCUCCAGAAGACCGGCCAGAUCGAGCGAACGGUUGACAGAGAGUUUGCAGACGAAGAAGCGAAAUACCGAAUUUUCGAGAAGGAAUGUCAAGCUCUCCAAAAGGAUGCGAAAGCGUACUGGGAUGCCAUGCGAGCGAUGACCUCCGCUCAGAGCCGGAUUGCAGAAACAGUGGAAACUUUCUAUGGUGCGGCUGAUCAGUCCUCGGAGGGUGCCAUGGCGGGACAUGCGUACAAGCGAUCCGUCGACGAUUUGGACACCAGCUUCAAUAGGGAACUCGAUGGACCUUACCGAACCACCGUCUCAGAACCGCUGGGCAAGAUGUGUGCCUACUUCCCCGUGGUGAAUGAACACAUUACUAAACGGAACAAGAAGUUGCUCGAUUAUGACUCGGCGAGGAGUAAGCUCAGAAAGCUCAUUGACAAACCAAGUGAAGACCCCACUAAGUUGCCAAGAGCACAACAAGAGCACGACGAAUGUAAAGAGAUGUUCGAUAUGCUCAACGACCAACUCAUCGCGGAGCUUCCUCAACUUUUGGACCUUCGCGUACCGUACUUCGAUCCGAGCUUUGAAGCUAUGAUUCGAAUGCAGGCCAAAUUUGCUGAGGAAGGCUAUGAGAAGCUGAGUGGCGUGCAGCGGUAUUUCGCCGACAAUGUGCGCGAUGAUUAUGCAGCCGGCCAGCUGGACGCGCAGGUAGAAGGAAUUCUCCAAGAAAUGCGGGAGCUGUCGAUUUGUGGAGGCAACUAG